UCUUCGGUGAUGCUGUAGAGUUCGGUGGCGGCCUACGCACCAUGGAAACCGCAGUUAACGCCAACCGAUAGGACUACCACGUGUGCCCGGUCGAGGCCGACUGUACUCCCUCCUGCGGGAUCCAUGAGUUGACGCUGAUUAGAUACACUGUUCAGGAUGGUGGUCUGGCGAAGGGUGCGUCUCAAUCGAGGAUGCGCACAUUAUAUAGCCCUCUGGAAGCGCCAUCCGGCACUACGAUAUCAGCGACAGCGCGCGCCCAUCACGGCGAAGACACAGAAGCGGGAGCCACGAUUCAUACCGCAUCAGAAACAGUUGUGCAGCAGUGCGGGGAGUGGUCGAGCGUGCUCACGUUCGAGGUCCGAGUCCCGCUGAUGAGGUUGCUCUUCUCUUCCAUCGCGGGCGGCUCGCAUCUCCCGUAUCAUCCAUACAUGCGAGAGGCGCCUACCUCCCGCAACGACAGUCGUAUAUACCGACUGCCGACACGCCGAAUAGCGCAGCUGGCGGUCGGAUUUCUCGCGAGGUCUGGUCGCUGGGAGAACAACAUCGUCAGCCGCGCGAAGAAGGCGCUAGGGGCUUACCGGACUUUCCACCUUCGGAGUCGCGCACGUCGACGGGCCCGAAGGCAGUGCAAGAGCUUGACGAAUUCAGAGCGAUCCAUUAUCCCCCUCAUCGCGUGAAUGAGGCUGCUCUCCCCUUCUCUGGGAGUUGCGCCUGCCUCCAUCUCGUCCCAGGCUCUUCCCCCAGCUCGCCCAUUGCCCCUUGCCCCUCCCCAAUCACAAGGAUAUAAGGUGUAGGUCUGCACCAAAGAGUCGCCAUCCGCCCCCGAAACCAUGCCAGCACCAACAGACAAACAAGCGCCGCUCCCGCCUUCGUGCGCCCCGCAUCCUGUGAUUCUAUCGUGGCGCGCGCCGCCCACGACCUCCGUUGAAAAGCUAGUAGGACGGGAAAAGAACUCACCGGAUA